AUAAAUAAAGCGUAUUGACAAUAAAUAUGGAUGGAAACGAGGGGGGCGGCGAUAAUCCGCCCAUCUCUAAGAAGAGACCACGACAACCUGAAGAUCUUCGAGAUGUUUCUGGUACUGGCGGCGGAGGUGGUGAGAGUGACUCCCCUUUUCUACCUUUUCGUAAGCCUAAUUAUAAAAGGCUUUAUCCGGAGAAUAAUAUGAACACAGAAUAUAAAGUUUUCGUCGAAAGCAAAAACUUACAGGAAAAAAUAGGAAAUAAAAGUCCCAUUUAUUUGAAUCAUAUAUUUUCUACUAUUAAAGGUGUGGUGACACUGAGGCGUAUUAGCGCCAACAGAAUAGUUGUGGUCUUCAAACAGCACAACACGGCCAAUAAUUUUCUUAACAACAACAACUUUCUAGAUAGAUAUGAUAUAAAAGCAUAUAUUCCAGCAGCCCAAAUUGAAAAAACUGGUAUAAUUAGAUUUGUACCAUCUAAUCUGUCGAAUAAAGAAUUAUUUACAAAACUAACUUCCAAAUAUGAAAUUAUUGCAGUUCGUAGAUUUGUUAAAAAAAUAGGUCAUGAGUUAAUAGGAACACAGACUGUUAGUAUCACAUUUCUGACAAAUUCAUUACCUGAGAAUGUACAAUAUGAUUUAUUUUCAUACAGAGUUUUUGACUAUGUUCCCCCUCUUCAACAAUGUUACAGAUGUUUUAAAUUUAAUCAUUCUGCAAAGAUAUGUUACGGUAAACGGCGUUGUUCAAUCUGUUCAGGCGAUCACUCAUAUAAAGAAUGUAAUAGACCAGAUGAGAUUUGCUGCGUAAAUUUUAGUAAAUAA